UGCAGUCUUGAAAGCGAAACCGGUUUAAGAAAAUCGCCAGUAACAGGUCCUUGACGUUUUGAUCUCUAGGUAUAUAGACGCUGUUGUGGGACCUUAUUGCAUCAAUCGACUACAACAUCCCUUCUCCACCUUGUGUCACCUCUCUAACCAAGAAAAUGUCAUACCUUUUCCUUACCCUGACUUGUGCCAUAGUUGCCCUCUCGGUCGCUUAUCCAACUGGAGCACCAAAAGAAACAUGCGGUACUUUUUCUGCAAACCAUACUGGACAUUUACCUCAAAGAAGCAAGCCAAGUUACGAACUCAUUGUUAGCCCAACAAAUGCUGCACCUGGAAGUACCCUGACAGUCACACUACAAGGAAAGGGAGGUGAAACAUUCAAAGGUUUCUUCAUCCAAGGUCAAAACGCAGCUGGACAACCUGUUGGCAAAUUUACUCCUCAAUCUGACGCCCAGACAAGAGAUUGCUCUGCAGCUGAUGAUUCUAUUACCCACGUAAAUGCUAAUGAGAAAACACAGGUGACACUUAAGUGGCAAGCACCCGCUUCUUAUACUGGAAAGGUAGUAUUUAGAGCCGUCGUUGUAAAGACUUAUGAACUAUUCUGGAACAACAUCCUCAGCAACUCUCUUAACAUUGCUUAACUUAUGAAGUUUAAAGCAUUAUACAAUCUAGAGUUGCAAAUUCUAUGAUCAUUCUCUACUAGGAGUGUUAGCAAACGCUGCUCUUUCAAAACGUGGAUUUCAAGAAUUUUUUCUUUGCUAAACAGAUCAUCUCAUUAAAUGAGUUUCUAUUCUCAUGGCGCUUUUAAUAAAGUUAAAAAUGGUCA